CUGCUGCUGCUGCUGCGGGAGCUGGGGGAGACCUGGGUGACUCGGGACGCUUAGACUUGUUCGGGCAGGAAGGAGUGCCUCUGGUCAUGUGCGAAGUGCGUUUCCCUUGCCCCGACUUAUUACCCUUAGCCCCGCCCCCUUCCUCCUGACUCUGGACACUCUUGUUUUGGAGAAGGAAGCCUCGGCCGCGGUGGCGAAGCGGGAAGAUGAACUGUGGGUUUCUCAGGGGAGUGGGUUGCGGAGGUGAAAGGGAAGAUGGAGGCUGGUGGAGGAGCUGGCUACAGCAAAGCCUUCAAACAGUCAAAGAUAAGUCCACAGAGGCCUUGGAGUUCAUGAAACGUGACCUGACAGAGUUCACGCAAGUGGUCCAGCAUGACACAGCCUGCACCAUUGCUGCCACUGCCAGCGUGGUCAAGGAGAAGCUGGCUACGGAGAGUUCUUCAGGUGCAACAGAGAAAGUGAGGAAAGGGCUCUCCAACUUCCUGGGUGUUAUCUCAGACACGUUUGCACCUUCACCAGAUAAGACCAUCGACUGUGAUGUCAUAACACUGAUGGCGACACCUUCUGGGACAACAGAGUUGUACGACAGUGCCAAGGCUCGGCUAUACAGUCUUCAGUCUGACCCGGCCACCUAUUGCAAUGAACCUGAUGGGCCUUCUGAGCUCUUUGAGACCUGGCUAUUGCAAUUCAACUUAGAAGGGAAGAAAGGGGAUAUCUCGGAGCUCCUGGUGAACAGCCCUUCCAUCCGCUCCCUGUACUCCAAGAUGGUGCCAGUGGCUGUAUCCCAUUCUGAAUUUUGGCAACGCUACUUCUACAAAGUACAUUGCCUGGAGCAGGAGGAGGUCCGGAGGGAGGCUCUGAAGCAGCGGGCAGAGCAAAGUGUUCACUCUGAGGAGCCAGGCUGGGAGGAGGAAGAAGAGGAAUUUGUUGGGUCGUCAUCAUCUUGCCAGUCUCAUGUCUACUUGCAAUCUCCCCAAGAGGUGAAGGCAGCAUCUCCCACCUCUGCAGCAGUAGUUACUCCAACCCUGGAGGCAUCUGUGGAAAGCUGGGCCAUGCUUAGCAGCUCGCUGGCAGAGGCGACCCCAUCUGAAAGCAGUGAGAGCAUCUCCUUGGUGACUCAGGUUGCAAACCCUGCUGCUGUACUUGCCAUGCCCUUACAGACUGGAGCCCAACUCUCUGGGGCAGGGGACCUCUCUCUGAGGCUGCAGGAAGCUACUGCAGAGGAGCAGGCCUUGUUGUUGAAGCCAGCGGAGCCUUUACAGCCGUCUGCAACUCCUCAGGAGGUGAAGCCUUCCCCAGAGCAGCCCAGGGGGCAAGUUGAGGCCAAGCCAGCCAGCAGGACAGAGACUCUGCGAGAGGAAGGGCUGAUGGAUUUGCGACUCUUUGAACUCAACUCAGACAGUGGGAAAUCCACUCCCUCCAACAAUGGGAAGAAAGGCUCAAGCACAGAUAUUAGUGAGGACUGGGAGAAGGACUUUGACCUUGAUAUGACUGAAGAGGAAGUGCAGUUGGCCCUUUCCAAGGUGGAUGUCUCGGAGGAGAUGGAAGAUGAAGAAUGGGAAGACUGGGAAUAGCAAGGGGUCAUCACUUCCCACCUGGUGCAUCUUGGUAUCUUCCCCUGCCCCCUCCUGCCCCCCUCCACACCAUCCAAUGUGAAUUAAAUCGCAGAGCAACCGG